UCGCUAACAUGGGUCGUAUUAGUCCAUCGCUGUGUGUGUUUGGUUUGCUGUGGAUUGCUGUGGCUUAUACUGCUGAGAAGAAUCAUCACCAGUUCAGCCCUUUCCGAUCCACCAAGCAGGAGUUUCCCAUUGAGCUCAGGCCAAAGAUGAGGGACAGUGAGUUUGUCCAGCAUACGCAACAUCUGGUGCCUCCUCAUCUCUUUCUUCCAAUGUUUAGACAUGCAGCAGCUCCAUUUGUUAACAAAGAGCAUUUCAGACCAGUGGCUGGUAGGAGAACCUUUCAGAGCACUUUAACCAACAUUUUAGUCCCUCAAGGUCAUCCACAGCACAUCCAGGUGGCUCCUGUGGACAAUAAACACGGUGUGGAGGUGUGGUGUGGCUACAGGAAAGUUUCUGUUCGCAUAAAUACAGCAAGGAUCGGGGUUAAAGGUGCAGAUUCUGACUUUUACCUGGGGACGUGUCCGGUAUCUCGCUCCGUGGGACACUACCUCUACUUCUACUAUGACCUCAAUGACUGUGGUAGUUCAUUAAAGGUAAGGAGAUCAAGGUACUGUUGCUUAAAUAAUGACUCUGGUAGAGAGCUUCAGAGCGUCUCAGUGCUGAGUGAAUGUGUUUCUCCUCAGACGGUUGGAGGCCACGUCGUCUAUUCCAACAGUGUUGAGUUCAGGCCAGCAGGUCCGGAGGACGAGGAGGAGGAGGUGAUCAGAGUAAUGCCGCUAACGCUGCCCAUCCAGUGUCUGUAUAACAGAUUUCAUUAUUCUUAUAAAGUGGGCUACGUUCCCCACGCUCCGUGGAUGUUCCGGAGAACCCUGAGUGCCAAACGCAGGUUCACUAUGUCAGUGUGUAACGAGAAAUGGGAGAUUCUCACCGUAAAUGAAGGUGUUGUUCUCGGGGAGCCGCUGUACUUCGAAGCUGCUGCUGACGUUUUAGCGGAGGACGAGACGAUCUUCAUCAGUUCUUGUCACAUGACGGCGUCCAAAGAUCCAAACUCCACCCCACGGCAUGACCUCAUCAGCAAUUCUGGGUGUUUGGUGGACAGCAGGAGAACAGGAAGUCGGUCCCGCUUCGUUUUAAGGCAGUCAAACGUCCUCCGGUUUUCAUCCGACACAUUUUUGUUCCCCCACAUCACUUCUAGGCUGCUUUAUUUGCACUGUACAAUCUUCCUCGGGAGAGAUGCUGUGAGUCCUACAGCGAAGUCCUGCACCUACAACAAAGCAAUCAGGAGGUGGGAGGAGCUUCACAGUGAUGACUCUGUGUGUGCUUGUUGUGAUUCUGUAUGUGAAGCUGUGGAUUUCGGUUCUCUGGCCGGUGUUGAGCAAGCAGUGGUGACCAGUCAACCCUGGAGUUUUAACACAAGGGAUCAUUUACCUGGGAACACCUGGGGACGGCCGAACACCUUGAAGGGCAACGUUCAGGUGAAGUUCCUCCAGAAACACACUGAGGAGCAGGAGGAGGAGGAGGAGGUUUUUCAGGGUGGAGUUGAGGAAAGCCUGAGCCCUGCAGAGGUGGACGAUGAGAAUACAGUGCAGCAGGUUCUAACCUGGUCAGGACUAAACAUAAGCCCGGUCAGAAAGGAGGAGGAGAGCAACAUUCAAGUGAAGUUCCUCCAGAAACACACAGAAGAGGAGAAGGAGGAGGUUUUUCAGGGUGGAGUUGAGGAAAGCCUGAGCCCUGCAGAGGUGGACGAUGAGAAUACAGUGCAGCAGGUUCUAACCUGGCCAGGACUAAACAUAAGCCCGGUCAGGAAGGAGGAGGAGGUGAAGUUCCUCCAGAAAGAUGCUGAAGAGCAGGAGGAGGAGGUUUUUCAGGGUGGAGUUGAGGAAAGCCUGAGCCCUACAGAGGUGGACGUUGAGCAUGCAGAGGUGGACGAUGAGCGUGCAGUGCAGCAGGUGCUAACCUGGUCAGGACUAAACACCAGCCCGGUCAGAAAGGAGGAGGAGGAGGAGGAGGUCAGCAAAGCACCUGCCUGGAACGAGUGGCUUCCUGCAGAAGAGAAAAGAGAAGAGGGGAUGAUGAGAUCAGUGCCAGGCACUGUGAGGAAGAAGGAGAUGGGCCGUUUUAGAAAGCUCUCGCAGAAAAACUGGAACCACGUUUCUGGAAAAGCAAGUUCCAUCGCUGCAACAGAGAAACCCGAGGGUGUUGAAGCUAGUACGUCUGCGGAGGACACAGACGAGCCAGAGCUGAUAGAAGAAGACACUUUUCUAAGAGCUCAGCAUGAACCUGCUGAGUGGAGUGAAGAUCACCAGUGA